CACUCAAUAAACCAACCAAUCACCCCCACCAUCCUCCGCCUAGCCGGCGGCGGCCUCGAACUCGCCGGCGCCACCACCAUGCUCCGCCUCCGGAACCACCUCCUUCCCCUGCUCCGCGCCUCCUUCCAUGCCUCCACCUUCUCCUCCCCUCUGCAGCUCCGCCGCCUUCUCCCCUCCACCGCCGCCGCAUCCCCCUCUGUGCACCUCAGCCGCCUCAACUCCGCCGCCGCCAGGUCUGCCACGGCGACCCCCUUCUCCGUGGAGGAGUACCUCGUCGGCACGUGCGGCCUCACCGGCGCCCAGGCGCUGGAAGCCUCCAAGAAGGUCUCCAGCCUCAAGUCCCCCUCCAAGCCGGACGCGGUGGUCGCUAUCCUCUCCGGCCUCGGCCUCUCCCGCGCGGACCUCGCCGUCGUCAUCGCCGCCGAACCACGAAUCCUUCGCAUCAGGCCGCACAACAUCGGCCUCCGCAUUACCGCCCUACGCGACCGCGUCGGUUUGUCCGACCCCCAGAUCGUCCGCAUUCUCCUGUCCGGCGGCGCAAGGGGCCUCCAGAGAGGCGACAUGUCCCCGAGGCUCGAGUUCUGGAUCCCCUUCGUGGGAUCCUUCGAUACGCUUCUCAAGAUCUUGAAGAGAAACAACGCAAUCGUCUUCUCAAACAUUGAGAAGGUUAUCAAGCCCAACAUCGCGCUGCUCCGGGAGUGCGGGCUACGUGAUUGUGAAAUUGUCCAGUUGUCCAAGACGGCAGCGCGUAUCCUCACGUACAAUCCAGAGCGAGUGAAGGCUGUUGUGCAGCGAGCCGAGAAGCUUCGCAUGCUGGAUUACUCGUGGCCAUGGGCAUUCAAGCACAUUGUGGUCACUGCUGCCCGUUGCAAUGAAGGCAUUGUGGCUGCGAGGAUGGAGUUCUUGACUGGAGCUCUUGGUUGCUCGGUGGACAAGCUCCGUUCUGCAGUCUGCAAGUGUCCACGAAUUCUGGAAUUAUCCGAGAGCAAACUUCUCAGCAAGAUAGAGUUCUUGGUUACCAAGGUCAGAGUGGAACCUGACUACAUUUUGCAUAGGCCUGUGUUGCUUACGUACAGCCUGGAGAAGCGGUUGGUGCCGAGGCAUUAUGUUGUAGAAGUCCUUCUGGUGAAGGGAUUGAUAAAAGGAGGUGUUGACUUUUACGGUUGUGUAUGUUUGAGCGACAAAGAUUUUGUAGCAAGGUACAUUGAAUACCAUGAGAAUGAUGUUCCAGGGCUUGCAGAUGCCUACACUGCAGUUUGUUCUGGGAAAAGUCCUCCAUUGAUCUAACUCUACAUCUUUGGACAGAGAUAUUGGAGGUUCAUACUUGAAAGUGCCUUCCAAAGUCUAACUAUUGGCCUGUUUUGAUGGGCAUAUGGAGAUCAAUUACUUUUCGAGCCUAGGGCUAUUGCAACACUUUGUUCUCCGAGGCUCAUUAGUUGAUGUUAAUUCCUGGUAUUGUCUCUUUUGGAAUUCUGAUUUCAACAGUACAACUACCAAUUAUCUGAUCGCGCAUAAUGCUAGGCAGGUUUUGGUCCUGGAUAUUACGCAGCAACUGGGUUGUUUUAAUCUUGCUGUCCUUAUUUCAUGGAUCUUGCUUCAACAGCUAUUUUCCUGUUCAGGUACUUUGAGCAAACAGGAUUGUGGCCUCACUCCCUUCAGCAUUUUCUAAGUUAUAAUUAUAUUCAACAUUUGAUGUUUUUAUUGCUAACUAUGAUUAUUGGAAAAUAUAAUGUAUGACAUCAAACUGCAUGCUAUGAUAUAGUACCUCAGUUGUUGUCCAAGUUCGUUCUAACCUA